AUGCCGGGGCUUCGGGCCCGGCGGCUGGCGGGAGGACGAGGGCCGGGGCCGGGGCCGGGGGGCGGCGCGCUGUCCCGGCAUGCCCCGCGCCGGAGGAGCGAGCGGCCCUUUCCCGCGAAUUCAGUUCAAAGGCGGGGGAGGGGAGAAGCGCCAAGCGGCACAGCGCACCGACCAACCAAACUCUUCCAGAACCAUCCGUGCGUCACGCGGGGGCGGGCCCCGCCCGGGCCAAUGCGGCGCCGCGGCGCCAUCUUCGGAGCCAAUGGGCGAGCGGAGGAGGCGGGCGCGUCGUGGUCGUCGGGUUUGUUGGAUAACAUGUGUUUCUUUUUCUUAGAACCAACACAGAUAUACAGAUUUCUACGUACCCGGAAUCUAAUAGCACCGAUAUUUUUGCACAGAACUCUCACAUACAUGUCCCACAGAAACUCCCGAACAAAUAUGAAAAGGAAAACAUUCAAAGUAGAUGAGAUGUUAUCAAAAGUAGAGAAAAUGAAGGGAGAACAAGAAUCUCACAGUUUGUCUGCUCAUUUGCAACUUACAUUUACUGGGUUCUUCCAUAAAAAUGAUAAGCCAUCACAAAACUCAGAGAAUGAACAAAAUUCUGUAACCCUGGAAGUACUGCUUGUGAAAGUUUGCCACAAGAAAAGAAAGGAUGUUAGUUGUCCGAUAAGACAGGUUCCUACAGGUAAAAAGCAGGUGCCUUUAAACCCAGACCUCAGCCAAAUAAAACCAGGCAACUUCCCAUCACUUGCGGUUUCCAGCAAUGAGUUUGAACCAAGCAACAGCCAUAUGGUGAAGUCUUACUCAUUGUUAUUCAGAGUAACUCGCCCAGGAAGAAGAGAGUUUAAUGGCCUGAUCAAUGGCGAGACUAAUGAAAACAUUGAUGUCAAUGAGGAGCUUCCAGCUAGAAGAAAAAGAAACUCUUCAAAUCGUGAAGAUGGGGAAAAGACAUUUGUAGCACAAAUGACUGUAUUUGAUAAAAACAGGCGCCUGCAGCUUCUGGAUGGAGAAUAUGAAGUGGCCAUGCAGGAAAUGGAAGAGUGUCCCAUUAGCAAGAAAAGAGCAACAUGGGAAACAAUACUUGAUGGGAAGAGAUUGCCUCCAUUUGAAACAUUUUCUCAGGGACCUACACUUCAGUUUACUCUUCGUUGGACGGGAGACACAAAUGAUAAGUCCACAGCUCCUAUAGCUAAGCCUCUUGCAACACGAAAUUCUGAAAGCCUCCCUCAAGAAAACAAGCCCAAUUCUGUUAAACCUACUCAGACUAUAGCUGUGAAAGAAUCUUUGCCGACAGACCUUCAAACAAGAAAAGAGAGAGAUGUUUUAAAUGAACCUCGACAGAAGUUGCGGAUAUUUUACCAGUUUCUGUACAACAACAACACGAGACAGCAGACUGAAGCCCGAGACGACUUGCAUUGCCCAUGGUGCACACUGAACUGUCGGAAGCUGUAUAGUUUACUCAAACAUCUUAAACUGUGCCACAGCAGAUUUAUCUUUAAUUAUGUUUAUCAUCCAAAAGGUGCUAGGAUAGACGUGUCUAUCAAUGAGUGCUAUGAUGGCUCCUAUGCAGGGAAUCCCCAGGAUAUCCAUCGCCAGCCUGGAUUUGCCUUCAGCCGCAAUGGACCGGUCAAGAGAACUCCUAUCACACACAUACUUGUCUGCAGGCCAAAGCGUACGAAAGCCAGUAUGUCAGAGUUUCUUGAAUCUGAAGAUGGAGAAGUGGAACAGCAGCGAACGUACAGCAGCGGGCACAAUCGGCUCUAUUUCCACAGCGACACGUGUUUACCUCUCCGUCCACAGGAAAUGGAAGUAGACAGUGAGGAUGAAAAGGACCCUGAAUGGCUACGAGAGAAAACCAUUACUCAAAUUGAAGAAUUUUCUGAUGUUAACGAAGGAGAGAAAGAAGUGAUGAAAUUAUGGAAUCUUCAUGUUAUGAAGCACGGGUUUAUUGCUGACAAUCAAAUGAAUCAUGCCUGUAUGCUGUUUGUUGAAAACUACGGACAAAAAAUAAUUAAGAAGAACUUGUGUCGAAACUUUAUGCUACAUCUGGUCAGCAUGCAUGACUUUAACCUCAUCAGCAUAAUGUCAAUAGACAAAGCUGUUGCCAGGCUCCGAGAGAUGCAGCAGAAGUUAGAGAAAGGAGAAUCUGCCUCCCCAACAGAUGAGGAAUCUUCUGAGGAACAAAGCGGGACGACAAACGGAUAUAGUGAAAAUAAUACGAGAGAGAGAAUUUCAGAAAUGGAUAGCAUCUCAGGUGUCACAAAACAGAGCAAGAAACAAAAGCUCUGAAGUCAAAAGUCAAAUGCCAUUCAACGGACAAGCAUUGAAGUGACAUUCUAGGGUGCAUGAGCUCUAUAAAGAAUUACACACAAAAAUACAGAGAUUCCAAACAGGCACUGCUGGAUGGAAAUAAAUGAUUUCAACAAGGAUAUUGUUUUAACAGGGUUUCUAUUCAGUUAAUUAUGCAAGUACUACAUGUAUAUCGGUUUUGGUGAUGUAAUGACAAUAUUCUAAGAGUUUGAGCAUGAAGAGCAAUAUGAAAAUCUUUUUGUAAUUUUAGUAAUUAGUGUCUUAAGAACUUUAUGGAAUUUACAUAAUUUAAGUAUACGUAAAACCGUUUUUAUAUUAAGAUUUUUGCAUCUGUAUCUGGCUGUUUUUUCCUACCAUGAAGUUGUGAAACAUUGGGGAAAGGGGAUUGGGAUACAGUUUCUGCUUUCCUUAUUUAGAAAUUCUCCAGUUAGCUUUUGUGAAAAUAACGUCUCACUACUUAAAAGUUUAACCUUGAUCCUUGUAUUUGAAAUCAUUUAUCAAUUGACCAUAAAUUAGAAAUUAAUUUUUUUUUUUUACACUAAAAGCAUCAAAGUCGGCAAACUUAGCACUUCCUUUGUCUUGUGCCUGUUUGGAAAGAUCUUGGCUUUUCAUGUUACAGACACAGUGAAGUUACCACCUUGGCUUUUUGAGGAUACCAGCAGUUUGGGUUUUCGUGGAUAAUUCUGAUGUAUUGAUCACCCAGUGUACCAUUUUAAACUUGAACAUUUAGCUCCUUUUAGAUUUUUAUUACACAUUUACACAGCUACACAAACGAGUUGAUGUCAGCCCUCCUUACGGGGGUUGCGCAUCGUGGUGUGCCAUGCUAAAGCCGAGAGUCCAUAGGAUGUAGGCAUUACGUCGAUUUAACUUCUUCUGAAGUUCAUGCCUGCUGUUUUGCCUGAGUACAGACUGCAAGUCCAGGCCAUAGGUUUAGCUUUGGCUUUCGAGAUGCCACUCUUGAGGGAAAAAUGCACUGUAAAAUUGGACCAGAAAAUGUGUUGCACUUCUUAUGCAAGUAUUCUGUGAUGUAUUGUAUUCAAUACAGAUACUAAGAUGCUGACUAAACUAUAUUUGAGCAGUUUUGCACUGCUGUUAACACAUUUUAUGCAUACGUUUACAGAUUUUUUCCAAUGGAAAGUGGUUUCACUACUGGUACAGUAUCAGCACCGAAGGGUUUAUUCCAGCAAGCACUGUGGUUGAGUGACAUCACCUCAAUUUUUUAUUAUCCUUAAAAUAUUGCAUUUUUCAUAUUCUUUAUUUAUAAAGGAACAAUGCUGCUGUAAAUACAGGUAUUUUUAAUUUUUUAUUUCAUUCCAUCACCAUGAGAUGCAGUUCCCUAUUUGUUUAAGGGGUAUAUAAGCUUUCUAAUGGUGUCUUCAGAAAUUUAUAAAAUGUAAAUACUGAUUUUGAUGGUCCUUAAGAUGUGUUUAACUGUGAGACUAUUUAACUAAUGGUGUGGAUGUGGUUUGUCAUCCAGUAUUAAGUUCUUAGUCACUGAUUUUGUGUACAAAAUAGGAAAGAGGGAAACUGCAGCUUUCAUUACAAACUUCUUGAAUUUGCCAGCUCUCUGAGUUUUAGCAAACUCUAAUUACGCCUCUGGAUAGUACAUCAAGCAUUUCUCUCUGGCUUUAAUUUGCUAAAGCUGUGCACAUAUGUAAAAAAAUAGAUUAUUUUAGGGGAGAUGUAGUUCUAGAAUUAUUGCUUAUGUCAUUUCUUAAGCAGUUAUGCUCUUAAUGCUUAAAAGAAGGCUAGCAUUGUUUGCACAAAAAGUUGGUGAUCCCCCAAAAAUAGUAAUGAAAUUACUUCUGUCCAGUAAACUUUGUAUGUCAUGUCAAUUUAUAAUAAAAGCUGAAAAAAGCCCUUGGUUUUCUAUUUAUAAAGAUGCCUUUUCUAUAUGUACCUUUGAUAGAUUUUGAAGAAAACAUGUAAGCUGGUUAAAAAGAAUUUGAAUGGUACAGUAGAUGUAAAAAUGAAACAAAACCCCAAACAAAAACAAAAAAACCCAAGUUCGGUUGUUUAAAUGAACCGUUGUUUUUACAUUAAAUGUUUUAUUUGAAAUCUGCUUUUGUACAUAAAGUUCAGUAAUAUAAAAUCUGCCAUGAUGGUUGUCCAGUCAUUUUGUGUGCAUGCAGAAAGGCCACAAGCAGUACCUUGUAUAAACUUUUCUCUUCUGCAUGUCCUUUAAAAUUUGGAUCCGUGUUCUUCCUUUGCCGGAUUGUUACAAAGGCAGCUCAGUUUCUGUCCAGUCUUUUUAUUAUAUUUAAGGUGUCUCCAUAAGUGACCAGGUUUUUAGCUGGCUUAUAAAAGCUUUUAUUCUUCUUUCUUGGGGGUAGAACUGAAUACCUGAGAUCUCUCUGUAAGUUGUGUAUUACUGUAAUUUAUAUAACUGAAAAUGAAACAUCACUUGUGUCAUUUAAAAAAAACAAGACUUGUGAGUUUUUACAUGCAAGUGGUUAAUGUUUCAAACAGAUUUUACGAAAUACUUAGUUUACUUGGAGCAAAGUUUCAAUUGGUAUUGUUUUAAAAUAGCGCUUCUCUGGGACUGCAGAGGAGGGACCCUGCGGGUACCACAGAACAAACGAGGAAGGAACUGAGUGGCCAAAUAGUGACUGUUGAAUCACAGACACUGAAAACCUUUUUUUCAUGUUAAAAGUAAUUCAGAUACUGAAAUACAGGCUCUGACAGUCAAGAUUCUGUGAACUUGACUUCAGGCUGCAGUUGUUGGAUAUGCUUUUUUGUCUCUAAAGUUGGCAAGGUUCUCCUACUCCAGCCUCUAAUAUAUUCAUGGCAGAUUUUGAUGAUGUUUUGUCUUUGAACCCCAAGUUGGAAGCUAACAUAUGACUUGAAUAUUUAAUUCAGUGCAUUAAAUACUAUAUUCAAAA